AUAAUGUGAAGAGCAUAGACAACGCUAUUUUAUUUACGAAUUCACGCAAACAUUUAAUUGGAAAAUAUUCUCUAUAUCGCUUACACAAAUAAAUCUGGUUAAUUAGUAAUCCGAAAAAUCGAGCUGUUAUUGUGUCGAAUAUUUAUUUCCGCUUAGAUAUUUGGACUGUUCAAGUGUUUACCUCGCUACGUUGACAAAAGAAAGAAAAAUGAAAAAAUUGAAGCGCGUUUUUAUUGAAACAUUCACCAUCCUUCUAAUACAAAUAUUAAAUAAAACGGAAGCAGGGUGCACCUGGGGCACGAAUUUUUGUGAUGUUAGGUGUACCUCUGCAUUUUCUUAUCAAACCGGUUCGGAAACACCACAACAAGUUAUGGCUCAUCUAGGGCAGAUAUGGAACGAGCGUGAGAGUUGCCAUCCCGAUGGAAUUAUUUUAACAUUGGAUUCUGUGGCCCACCCCAAUUUCAAUGUCGUGGCAAAUUGGUUUACUGCUCCGGUGAAGGUAAAGGAGUUAGUGUUUCCAACGAGUAAUGGCAUUUCUACAAUAGAAGCCAAUGCGUUCAACUCAACUGCCUUGGAAUCCGUUACAAAAUUGACUUUUCCGUCGAUGGGUGUGAAUCCAAUUGUCACGGGAAUCUUCAAUGGUCUUGUGUCGUUAGAAGAGCUCAUUCUUGAAGGAGCUUCUAGGCUGGGCGUUAUUGGAAAUGGUGUGUUAGACCCUCUGAGUGGAACAUUAAAAUAUUUUAGUUUGGUAGCAUCAAGUACAAGUUGGUCUGAGAUAAGGAUUAAUGGAUUUACCGGCUCGGAACCAUUAACAGCGCUGACGACUGUGAAAUACAGUUACAAUCUAAAGAGUACCAUAAACCAUAAUUCAUUUUCCGGCCUACAAGAUGUGAUAAAUUUAGAUUUAUCCGGUUGUCAAAUUGAAACAAUUGGUGCUGGCGCUUUCGAUCCAAUUAGCAAUUCUGUGAAAUAUCUGAAUUUAAGAAACAAUCAAAUUAAAACUUUGCCGGAUGGUAUCUUUUACAACAUACUGUUCAACAAUAUAGGGACAAUAAACUUGGACGGCAAUAAGUGGGUAUGCGACUGUGACCUUAUGCCUUUUAAGUUGACUUUAAUAGAGAAUGGGAAUGGCAAUUUCGAUGGAUCUUUUCAAUGUAACAACCCAUUGUACCUCAGAGGUUAUGACAUUAUUGAUACAGACUUUUGUGAUGAUUACAUUCCAUCGCCAACAACGGAAGGUACCACAACAACUGCAAGGAGUACAACGACUUCAACAAGCACAACGACUUCAACAAGCACAACGACUUCAACUAGCACAACGACUUCAACAAGCACAACGCCAACGACUGCAACAAAUACCCCGACUGAGGAAAACACAACGGAACACAUUAUUCCAACGGAACCAUCAAUCCCCGAAGAAUUCAGCCAAAUUUGUUACGAAGCGGCUGACAGUGCAGCAUCCAAAAGCGUUUCCAUUAAAACACCAAGAUCCGGUCUACGAAUUAAUGAAAACGUCUACGGCGAUACAAUAUUGGAGAUCGAAGCGGAAGUUGAAAAUUCCGUGUUAAUUUGGUUUUCACAACUCGACCGAGAAACUUAUCGCAUUGCAAGCGACGACGUAACAUGUGUGAUUAAUUCAGGAAGGACUGUACCAAUUACAGAUUUAGAAGAAGACAUAGCAUACACAUUCUGUCUGAUGGAUUCCAUCGAAAAAACCGUUUCGCCACUGGACUGCAUUUCAUACACGAAGGCUAGAGUUGGUGAACAACCAUGGAUGUAUAACGAGAACAGAAGUCUCAUCAUAAGUAUGACUGUACUCGCCUGUUUUAUCAGCGUCUUGAUUGGUUGGGCUAUCGGUUUUUUUACAUUUAACCAAAUUAUUAAAAAGAAAAAUCAGCCACAGGAAGCAAACGGCAUGUCCUGCAUCAAUGACGUAUUGAAGGAAGCAUUCAAAUCUAACAGCAUGAUGAGGCAACAACAGAGAGUGUCUACGAUGACCACAAGUAGCGGCAACACAAAGAGGACGACUAACUUUACCGUAGACUACUACUUAGAAGAUGCACCACCAUUGCCCGCCCGACCUCAAUCGCAUCCAUUUGAAGAACCAAUAUACGCUGUAGUACGUAACUGAGGGUGAGGGUCGUUAAAGUAGGUUCUUGCCAUUAUUCUUACACGGUCAGUGAACUGGAAUGAUGAAACAUUUAUUUUUCCUUGGUUUUAAUUUAAGCUUUUCCAUUGUCAACCCUUCGUUUCUGAAAUAAAGACAAUUGAAAAUUGUU